AUGGCAGUGCCCCUCCCGCCUAAAUUCAAGGUUCCCCAGAUUGACUUGUAUGAUGGGUCUAAAGACCCGGUGGAACACUUGGAGAACUUUAAGGCGCAUAUCACACUCCACGGCUUCUCUGAAGAAAUCGCAUGUCGAGCUUUUCCCUUGACCCUAAAGGGAACAACGCGAGGGUGGUUUAGAACCCUCCAACUUAGAUCAAUCAACAGCUUUGAGGAAUUGGCUAAACAGUUCUUAAUAAAAUUUAUGCCAAGUAGAAGGCGACGGUGCCCAUCGGCAUACCUUUUAACAGUCAAGCAAAGAGAAGAAGAGAAUCUGAAGACAUACCUCACUCGUUUUAAUAUAGAGAGGUUGACAACCAAAGAUCAAGACGAGAAGAUCACUCUGGCCGCCCUCCUAGGUGGGAUCUGGCCACGCAACCCUUUUAUGGCCAAGUUAGCCAGGAGGACCCCAUCUACUUUGAGGGAGUUCAAGGACAGGGCAAAUGAUUUUGUAAAUGUUGAAGAUACACUGUAA